CCCAGCCGAACCCGAAUCACCCCUAACAUUUGAUAUUUUGCAGGAACAGCUGCCCGGGAAGAUCAAGAUCCCGCAGAUCGGAUUUUAUGACGGAACAUCUGACCCGGACACCCACCUAGGAUUAUACACGUCAUGGAUGGACCUGCACGGAGCACCGGACGCCCUCCGCUGCCGGAUGUUCUCAUUAACUCUGGGAGAAAAAGCACAAAGAUGGUACCAAUCGCUCGCCCCGCAUUCGGUCGCUAGGUGGUCACAAUUAAAGUCCAUGUUCCAAACCCACUUCAUCGGAUCCCAGGCGUGCCGAAUUCCCAAAGAAUCGACCACUCACAUUAUCCAGGGAGCAGACGAGAGUUUGAAGGAUUACAUCACUCGUUUCAACGAACGGGUACAAAACAUGGAACCGUGCCAUCAAGAGACCCUGCUGGUUUCGGCAUAUUCAGGACUGAGACCAAACUCGAUGUUCAAAUGGACCCUCUGCCAAAAAAAACCUCAGACGUAUCACGAAUUCUUGAUGAAAGCUCAACAACAUAUCAUGGCAGAAGAAAACAUGUCCGUCCCGUCAUUCCCAGCCCUGAACGAGCAAACCACCAAAGCAAAGGAAUCCCGACCGAACAAGGAGUUUGCGAAGGACGGAAGAAGCUCCCAAUUCCGAGCCAUGCAGAGGAAACAUCAUGAGGAACUCACGAACAGCUACCAGGGGGUGUAUUCGGCCGGUGCGGCCGUAGUGUAUGAAGAGUUGAAAAACAAGGGGAUCAUCCCAGACCCCAAACCGAUCAGGGCCGAUGAAGAGAAUUUAGACAAAAGCCGAUAUUGUGCUUACUACAAAUCGCAUGGCCACAAUACUGACCAAUGUCGGAACUUAAUAUCUGCUUUGUUGAAACUAAUUGAUGAUCCGCAGGUAAGGAGAUUCACUAGGAUGGAUGCAGGCAACCGGAGGCCAAGAAACGAUGAACGAAUGAACCCAGGAGACGAGCCCGAUUUCGGACUGAAUCCCCGGAGAGCGAACGAACAUCCCAACGAAAUCUUGACGAUCAAUUCUCUCCCGUUUGGUAAUCCACACUCAGAUGCGCUCGUAAUCACAACCCCCAUUUUCCGAAUCCCAAUCCACCGAAUCAUGGUGGACACGGGGGCGUAUUCAAGUAUCUUAUACUGGACCGCAUUCCUUAAAAUGGGGAUAGACCAAAGCGAACUGCGCCCAUGCAACGACCGUAUAACUGGAUUCAACGGACAGACAACCAUUCCUGAAGGAGAAAUCACAUUACCGAUCGAGCUCGAGGGAUCAGGAGCAAACAGACGCAGGAUCAUGGAGACUUUCAAAGUGGUGAAAACGGCCAGCGAGUAUAACGCCAUCCUCGGGUGGACGACCUUAUACAAGCUGAAGGCGGCCGUAUCAAUCUUCCACUAUUCAAUCAAAUUCCCAACUGAGAACGGCACGGGA